AUGAUAACCCUCUGUUGUAAGCUCCUAUAUAAAGGGAAAUUCAUCCCCGUGGGUCGGAGAGUAUUCAGGGAAAAACUGAUAAGUGGGAGGAAACAAAAAUCUCCCAUCAUUCUGCUGCCGCCGUACAUAUCCAUACACGAGCUUAGGUUAAUGCUCAAUAUAAACUACGAUACUUGUUUCAAAGCGGCAAAUGUGUACAAGAGUGGAAACACGUAUAAGUGGAAGGACCCAGAAGAUAGGACCUUCCAAAGUGUAAACAAAAGGAACGUAAUUAUCCCCUACAGCACUGCUGCUUAUGUGAGUAAAAUUUUUAAAUUUAAGCCGAGACUCAUCCAGGUGGAAUUAUUUUGCGAAGAGGAAGAGAAAAGCAGUGGGACGCUCCAGGAUGUGUACAGGAAGGUGUACUUGGCGGAGGAGUACCAUGCCAAUGUUUUGAGGCUUCGAGGGGCAUUCACAAACGAUGCAAAGGAUGCGCCCGACGAAACUUCCCCCCUUGUGGUAGCCAACCCAAAUGAACCCCGAAGCCAGAGCAGCUGUGAUGAUGCCCCCAUGUUACUGCCCAACGCACAGUGGAGCUGUGAUGACCCCCCGUGUUUGCCCCCCAACGAGCGAAGUGCCCCACUGGACGAUAAAAAAAAAAACUACUACACCGUUGUGUCUGUGAUAGGGCACAUCAACCAUGGGAAAACCACCAUGCUGGACAAGAUGACGAACAACAACUUGGCGUUAAGUGAAGCGGGCUGUAUCACGCAAAAUAUAAAACCUAUACAUUUCGAACGUGGGCCUUUUAAAUUCACCUUUGUCGACACCCCAGGACAUAAGGUUUUUCAAAUCUUCAGAGGAAGGGCAGCUUUCCUCUCAGACAUAUUAAUCAUAUUAAUUUCCCUAGAAGUAGGCGCAGAGAUACAAACGGAGGAAGCAAUUAAGUACGCAGACAAAUUUGGCAUCCCAGUCAUUUUUGUUCUAAACAAAGCAGACCUGUAUGGAGAAAAUGAGUCCAUAGUAAAAGCCGAGUUAAGAAAGCAAUGCACAAAUAUGUAUGAUGAUGGAAAUUUAAAGCAUAAUUUUUCAAAAGAAAUUGAAAACGCGAUUGCUAUAUCGUCGCUGACGGGGUACAAUUUGGACAAGCUAAUCAACAGACUGUUUUUUAUUUCUCAUUAUAUUGACUUGCCGUAUCACAGUGUGAACAGGUUCUACAACACUUGUGAAGCCAUACGGGAUGCUGACUUAGCUGUUGGGAACUCCCUCGGGGGAGGGAACUCGCGUGAUAAUACCACUAAUGAGAACAUCCCUGAUGGGAACACACCUCGUCAUAAUGUCCCCCUUGAGGAGAAAACUGAGCCAAGCAUGAAGAACACAGAUAAAGCAAAGGAAAGGAGAAAAUCAGAUCUGAACCUACUGCAAAAGUAUAUUAGAAAAUCAGACUGCCUACUAGCCAUAGAUAAGAACCCAGUGGGCAUGGGCAUGGUGAUAGACAUAAGCAAAGACUCCAGCAAGGGAACAAUUCUUCAUGUCAUUGUCCGAAACGGAUUUUUCAUCGAAGGCAGUUAUUUUAUAUGCGGUUCUGCAUUUGGGAAAAUUCAGAAAAUGUAUAAGUUUAAUAGUAACUUUAAGGAAAGCUGCAGCUAUGCCGCGAUAGGGAUGGCUGUACUAAUCAGUGGAAUGAAGAAGCACGGAAACGCAACAACGGAUGAUUUAAUCUUUACCCUCCCACAGAGUAACGCUUUUAGGUUAUGUCAAUAUAGACUCAUGGUCGAAAAGUUAAGCACUCUACAAGUAACUGGAAAAGAAAUCAAAGUGUCCUGGGAAAAUGACAUGAAGAAAAAUGAAUUCCAUGCGGAAGAUAUUUAUCAAAAUCGACUCGCGAUGUCGGAUAAAAGAAAAGCCAUCGAAGAGUUCGGCAUAGAAAAGGAAAACAUAUUCGAAGAUGUCUCUGUGCAGGAAUUUCACAAAAGUAACACGCAAAGGAAGAAGGAAGAAGAAUCUGUAGUAAUCCAAUUGGAGGAAGAAAACAAAUAUGAAGACCAAUCAAGAGUUAAAAAAAAUAAAAUACAAUCUAUCCUCUCGCAGGAUGAUUCAAAUGAUAGCAUUUUAGUACCUGAAGAAAACACCUUUUCCUUUUUUGAAAGCCACAACGGGUGUGAACAGGUGGACGAGUUAGUCAGUUCCUACCGGGGAGGGGGCAGUCACCAAGAGAAGGACCAGCCAAACAUCCCAAGCGAUGCACCAAAUAUAAAUCCCGUGACACAUGACCAAUGGGAAGCAGCCAAAGAUAUCACAAACAAAGCAAAUAAUCAUGUUCCAAGCAGACCUUAUAACACGGAAAGUGCUACACUGUAUGAGUGUGCGAAAGGGGGGAAAAAGGACGCACACGAGGGGAAAGAAAAGACACACCUCGUGUUGGGAAAAGCCCCUCCUGGAAGAGGAAGGAAGAGCAGACACACCCAUAAAUCCAGCGCAACGAAUGGGCAAUCUUCUCAAGAAGCGGCGGAUUCUCAUAGCCAAACGUACACCGAUGAGAAGAAUCUCAACGAGCCAUGGUACUACGAAGAAAGCGAAGAGACGUGGGCGAAAAAAAUCCUGCAAAGAAACAAUGAGCUUAUGGAAACGUGGAGAAACAAAACGAGGCAAAGGGAGAUCGAAAAAGAGAGACAAAUUUUUUACGAAAAACAAAUGAUUUUGAAAAAUGAAAUUCUAAGGAGAAAACUCCUGGGCGAAGAAAAACUAACUGAAGAGGAGAUUAAUGCAUAUCUCUAUGAUGAAGAAAAGAGCAACGCAAAUAAUUCCCAAGCAUCAAGUAGCCCUGAGCAUAUAGAACUGCCCCCAAAAAAUUGCCCAGUUAUACCAAUCAUAAUCAGAACCAACUAUGUUGGAAUGUUCGACAUAUUUCUAGACGAAUUUGAAAAUCUCCAAAAAGUGUAUAAUGUUAAAAUAUCCGUCGUUCAUGGUGGAAUAGGUCCCAUAACCCCAAACGACGUUGUGCAUGCAGAAGUAGAAAGUAAUUUUGGCUAUUGUUGCAUUUACGCUUUUCAAGUCAAAGUGUUACCCGACUCGGUGAAGCAAUCAGUUCUCUCCAACAUUGUGAUAAAACAGUUCGACGUUUUCACCGACCUAAUUGACGAUGUUGUGAAUAGAAUUAAAAAUAUUAAGGCACUAAUUGCACAUAAUAUGUAUGUACGAAGUCUCAAGAAUGAAAGAACACAGGAGGGGGUGUAA